GCGGUCACUUUGCUCCGCUUCACCCCUCUAAAUUGAACCACAGUGGUAUUGUCCAUUCAUGAAAUCAACAUGGAGACGCUGGUAGAGUGGAAACAGCUGUGAAGAAAUGCUGAAUCAAGUUUAGGUCGGGCGAUACAUUUACUGACACUCAUGCGGAGAAAUUCACGAGCUGAGCUGCAGUAAGACGAUUGUUUUCAACCCUCCGCGCAGUUGCUAAGAAGAAAGGGCAGACACGAAUGGAGCCCGGACGAAUCAGCGAGGCGUACGGAGAAGUGAGCGGCCUCCCUGCGCCUGUUUCUGCUAGUGUGUGCGAGGAGCAGGUCCCGGAGCUCCGGGUCUGCACCGUGACUGCAGAGUGGAGUCAGAGCGACCUGGUCCAUGGCUCCAAACGUUGCUACUUGCAGCAGUGGACUCUGAUCACAGACCCCAACGAUCACAAGAGCAUCAGGACUGUUCUCCCGCCAGGACCCUGUGUACCAGUGUCUGGAGAGUUGCUGAGUGGAUUCUCUCCCAUUCGAAACCUGAGGGCUGUUGUCAGGGAGACAGGUGGCCAACAGCUCCUAGAGAUAUGGGACAGCCACAGCCUCAGGAAGUGCCUCAACUUGACUUCCCUCAACAAGCACGGGCAAGUGUACAGUGAUGCUCAGUUUGGCUGUCUGUCAUGGUCAUUGUGUGAGAACAAACUGCUGUAUGUAGCUGAAAGGAGCAAGAACACAACAGGAACUCAUGAUGGAGAAUCUGGGAAGGACAGGAGUGUGUACUGUGAGGACUGGGGCGAGGGCCUGACCAACAAGAGCAACCCAGUGAUUUGUGUGGCGGACCUGCAGAGUGGCACCGUCAGCACGCUGCAGGGUGUGCCGACUGAUGUCUCACCUGGACAGGCUCUGUGGACUCCUGACAGUCAGUCAGUGGUUUUUGUUGGUCUUUACCAUGAACCCUUCAGACUUGGACUGAUGUUCACCACCAACCGCAGGUCGGCGAUAUUCAAGCUUGGUCUGGACAGAAAAUGUGAAUGUCUGUCUGGUGACAACCUGUCGGUGUUGUGUCCCAGGCUGAGUCCAGAUGGGUCCACGCUGAUCUACCUGCAGGGCCGAGUGUUUGGUCCUCACAGUCAGUGCCUCAGUCUGCAGCAGCUGGACAUGAAGACUGGGGAGACAUCGACACUGCUGGAUGUCGUCAACAGACCACAGACUGGUGAGUUUGCAGGUGUGUAUGGUGCCCUGCCAUCCUGCUGCUGGUCUGCAGACAGUCAAAGAGUGGUGUUCAGCAGCCCCUGCAGGAACUGGAGGGAGCUCUUUAUGGUCGACAGAAGGUCAAAGAAAGUCACCUCCCUCUCUACUGGUCCCUCCAGAGUUUAUGGCAGCUGGACAAUCCAGAGGGACCUGAUGGUCGUCAGCUGCUCCAGCCCUAAUACACCACCCACUCUGAGGGUGGGGUUCAUCCCCUCGGCAGGUGAGGCUGUGACCUGGCGCACCCUGCAGGAGCCCAUCAUGACCUUCGACUUCCAGUGGACAGUUCUAGAUGUUGCACCUCCAUCUGAGGAGGACAAUGAGCAGUACCGUGGUUUAGACUUCGGGGCUAUCCUGGUUAAACCAUCUCAUCCCAUCAGUGAAGCCAAGAUACCUCUGGUUGUUUUCAUCCAUGGUGGGCCUCACUCCCAGUUUCCUGCAGAGUGGAACACCAUCACAGCUGGACUGGCUAAACUCGGCUUCGCUGUACUCCUGGUGAACUACCGGGGAUCCACUGGGUUUGGCCAAAACAGCAUUUUGUCCCUCAUUGGUCAGGUCGGAAGUCAGGAUGUAAAAGAUGUGCAGAGGGCUGUUGUUACUAUGCUGCAGAGAGACCCGACCCUUGACCCCAAACGCUUGGCUGUGUUUGGUGGAUCUCAUGGGGGUUUCCUGUCUUGUCAUCUGGUUGGUCAGUACCCAGACUUCUACAGAGCGUGUGCAGUCAGGAACCCUGUCAUUAAUGCUGCUACUUUAGUGGGAACCAGUGAUAUAGUGGACUGGCGUUACAGCAGUGUGGGGUUUCAGUACUCGUAUGACCAGAUACCCACUACCGAAGCUCUGGCUGCCAUGUUAGAGAAGUCGCCCAUCACACAUGCUGCUCAGAUCAAGGCUCCUGUGCUUCUGAUGCUGGGAGGCCGUGACAAGCGAGUGCCUCCUCACCAGGGUUUGGAACUCUAUAAAGCACUGAAGAGCAGAACCUCACCUGUGAGAGUGUUGUGGUUUCCAGAGGAUGGGCACUCUCUGUCUAGAGUGGACACACAGGCCGACUGCUUUCUCAACACAGUGCUGUGGCUGGCCCAGCAUCUGAACUCACCCACGCUGUGAUGGACACUUUAUUGGAGGAAGGAGUGCUUCUGCACAGCUUCAUUAAAAAGAAUAAAUUGAUUAUCAGAG